AUGGACAGAUCUCACUUCGGCACCAUCGACAGCAUCACUCAUCUCUGGAAAGGCUUAGGCCUUCCAGACAAGGCGCUCACAGCCAUCCGCCUACCAGGCGUAGACGCCAUAGGACUACCGUCCUCUUUCAAGAUCGGACACUUGGCCCAGGCCUCAAUCACACUAACGGCCCUCCUGGCUGCAUUAAUCAACUCGGAGCGCAAUGGACACAGAGGAAUCUCGACUGUCACCGUGCCUCUCCAACAUGCACUUCUUGAAUUUAGGUCCGAGAGAUUCUACUCGAUCGACGGGACACGCAUGCCGUCGGCAUGGGGACCGAUCGGCGGCCUCCACAAGACCUCAGACGGCUAUGUACGGGUGCACGACUCGUUCCCUAAUCACCGUGCAGGGACGAAGAAGCUGCUGGGGUGUCCGGAGGACGCGGAUCGAGACACCGUGGGUGCGAAGAUUGCAAAGUGGAGGUCCGUGGACUUGGAGAAUGCGGCGGUGGAUGCUGGAGUCGUGAUUGCGGCGCUGAGGACCUACGAGCAGUGGGAUGUGCUCCCUCACGCGAGAGCUAUCAAGGAUUUUCCCAUUCAGAUCAGAAAGAUCCCCGCCGACGGUAGUGGUGGUGGUGGUUUACCUUUGUGGCCGGAAGGCAUGUCGAAUGCUGAUAGCAGUGGCCGUGCGGACAAAUGCCUCCAUGGCCUGAGAGUGUUGGAGAUGAGUCGCGUCAUCGCGGCCCCUGUGGCGGGGAGGACGCUCGCUGCCCACGGAGCGGAGGUGCUCUGGAUAACCAACCCGAGGCUCCCUGACCAGCCCAGCCUUGACCGCGACACCGGGCGCGGAAAACGAACGGCGAGUCUUGACAUCAGCCGCGCGGAGGACAUGGAGACGCUCCUCUCCCUCAUCGACGACGCCGACGUCUUCCUCCAGGGCUACCGGCCGGGCAGUCUCUCGGCCCGGGGACUUUCCCCCGAGACGCUCGCCACGCGACGCAGAGAAAAAGGGAAGAGGGGCAUCGUGUUCGCCAAUCUCUCCGCCUACGGGCCCGACGGGCCCUGGAGCGCCAGACGCGGCUUCGACUCGCUCGUGCAGACCUGCUCGGGCAUGAACGCGUCCGAGGCAGAGCACUUCAGCGGCCAGACCACCGAGCACAGUGAGCUCCCUGCGAAGCCGACCCCGUGUCAAGCUCUGGACCAUGCCUCGGGCUACUUCCUCGCUGCGGGCGUUAUGGCGGCACUGUACAGGCAGGCACAAGAGGGAGAAGGAGGCGGCCCGUCGUCGUCGUACGAGGUCAGCGUCAGCCUCGCGGCGGCGAUGAAGUAUCUCCGCAGCCUGGGCCAGUAUGACGGCCAGUCCGGGUUCCAGUGCAACGACGACUUUGCGACCUUGGAAGACGUCCCUGACGACUAUCUCGAGGAGCACAUGUCUGGGUUCGGCCUGCUCAAAGCCGUGAAGCACUCCGCGACCAUCGACGGUGUCCCUGUGGGAUGGGAUGUGAUGCCGAAACCAUUGGGAUCGGAUGAACCGCGAUGGCUUUGA